AUGUCACCUCCCGGGACUUCACUAUCCGCCACUUCGCGCCCAUCCACCCCGUCGAGACCGGCGCGUCUAAAUGACUACCUAGGCCUAUCGCAUCCACCCCACGCACAGAAGCCAUGUAUUGUCAAACCCAUAUCAAUAGAAGUAGAAGAUGGACCCGAUGGCUCUGUACCAGGGUUCCUCCAUCUACCACCCACGGCAUCAGCCACACCAGCAUCCAAGACAGCGGCUAUACUCAUUUCUGGCGCCGGAGGAGGGGUUGUAGGACCAUCAUCAAUCUACCUCUCCCUAGCAGACAAGUUGGCUUCGCUCAAGCAACCCGUGCCAGCGUUGCGACUCGACUACAGGUAUCCAGCACGCAACAAAUACUGCGUGAGAGAUGUUCUGGCCGCCAUGAAAGAAUUGGAAGAGUCUUACCAGAUCGAAAAGUUCGUGUUGGUAGGAUGGUCUUUCGGCGGAGCUCCAGUAUUUACGGUCGGUGGACAAGAUAAAAGAGUAGUCGGAUGUGCGACUGUCGCCAGUCAAACAGCAGAGACGGAGGGUGUACGGUCGCUUGCGCCGAGACCACUUUUACUACUUCAUGGUACGGGUGAUCGGACGCUGAGUCCUUCGUGCUCGGAGAGACUGUAUAGUAUGUAUGGCACAAAGGGUGACAGGGAGUUGAAGCUCUUUGAUCGAGAUGAUCACGCGUUGACGAGGAAUUCUCUUGAAGCGGAGCAGCUCAUUGGUGGUUUUGUGCUUCGGUGUGCUGGCUUGGAUCCGCAGACUGAUAAGGAUAGUUUGGCGGAAAAGCUGGUGGGUGAUGAAGAGAAGGUCAAGUUGAUGGAGAAGGGCGGUGAUUUGCGACGGAAUGAAAGCAUGGAGUAG